AUGCUAAAUUUAGCAAUAACUGUUAUUAAAGUUUUCGUUACAGAUUUUGUAACAAAAGCAGUUCCACUCCUCGCAAAAUCUCUUGGAAAACCUGCACAGUAUUGUGUGGUGUCCGUUAUACCUGAUGUGAUAAUGAGCUUUAGUGGUACUACUGAGCCUUGUGCCAUUGCCAACCUCAUGUCAAUCGGGGCCCUUGGCGUUGAACAGAACAAGAAGCAUGCUCAAGUUUUGUUUGAACUAGUUGAAAAAGAAUUGGGUGUACCACAAGACAGAAUGUACAUUACGUUCCAAGAUGAACCCACAGGCAAUGUUGGAUACAAGGGCACAACUUUUCAUUCUAUAUUUGGA